CCUCCGCCCAGAAGCGGCACAGCCGAGCUGACUUCCUACAGCUUCCACCCGCAACAAGGGGUUGCAGGAAUGACCGACAAUAUCCCGCUACAACCCGUGAGGCGACCGAAAAGACACGACAGUAAACACAGGAAUGGGUGCUGCCCGUGGUCGAGAUGCUGUGGCAUGGGUGACUUCCGUCCCCGCACCGUGUGGCUCGGCCACCCAGAAAAGAGGGAGCAGAGGUACCCCAGGAAUGUCAUUAACAACCAGAAGUACAACUUCUUCACCUUCCUGCCUGGGGUGCUGUUCAAUCAGUUCAAGUACUUCUUCAACUUGUACUUUUUGCUUUUGGCCUGCUCUCAAUUUGUCGAGGAGUUACGCUUAGGUGCUCUCUACACCUACUGGGUCCCCUUGGGUCUUGUUUUGAUCAUCACCAUCAUGCGAGAGGCAAUUGAAGAAAUAAGGUGCUACCUUCGAGACAAAGAAGUCAACUCUCAGAUUUACAGCAAGCUUUCAACGAGAGGCACGGUGAAGGUUAAAAGCAGUGGGAUUCAAGUUGGUGAUCUAAUAAUUGUGGAAAAGAACCAGCGUGUUCCUGCUGACAUGAUCUUUCUAAGGACCUCUGAAAGAAAUGGCAGCUCUUGUCCUCUCCUUUCCAGGCUCCUGUUCCUGAGGACUGACCAGCUGGAUGGAGAGACAGACUGGAAACUACGCCUCCCAGUGGCCUGCACGCAGAGACUGCCAACUGCUUCCGAUCUUCUCCAGAUCCGAUCAUAUGUGUAUGCAGAAGAACCAAACAUUGAUAUCCAUAACUUCAUUGGCAACUUUUCCAGGAAGAUGGAAGACCCACCAGUUAAUGAAAGUCUGAGCAUUGAGAACACCUUGUGGGCCAGCACAGUUAUUGCCUCUGGUAAAUAUCUGACUUUGGUGGGGGUCGUGAUUUACACAGGCAAGGAACUGCGCAGUGUCAUGAACACCUCCAACCCUAGACAUAGGUACAGUAGUGUGGGUUUGUUUGACCUGGAGGUGAACUGUUUGACUAAAAUCCUGUUUGGAGCCCUGGUUGUGGUGUCACUGGUCAUGGUGGCCCUGCAGCACUUUGCUGGCCGUUGGUAUCUCCAAAUCUUUCGCUUUCCUGCUGCCUCUCUCUCCCACAUUGUGCCCAUCAGUUUGCGUGUAAAUCUGGAUAUGGGGAAGAUGGUUUUCAGUUGGAUGAUUAAGAAAGACUCAAAGAUUCCUGGGACGGUGGUGAGGGCUAGCACCAUACCCGAACAGCUCGGACGCAUCUCCUACCUGCUGACUGACAAACCAGGAACGCUCACCCAAAACGAAAUGGUGUUCAGGCGGCUCCAUCUUGGGACUGUGGCAUAUGGGAUGGACUCUAUGGAUGAAGUACAGAGCCAUGUGUUCAGUGCCUACACACAGCCCACUCAUGACCUUCCAGCCUCCAGGGCUCCGGCAGCCACUAAGGUCCGAAAAACCAUCAGCAGUAGAGUUCAUGAGGCUGUGAAGGCCAUCGCCCUGGUGCACAAUGUAACACCCGUGUAUGAGUCCAACGGUGUGACGGACCAGGCCGAGGCUGAGCAGCACUACGAAGACACUUGCAGAGUCUACCAAGCAUCCAGCCCGGAUGAGGUGUCGCUGGUGCAGUGGACUGAGAGUGUUGGGCUGACGCUUGUAGGAAGAGACCAGUCAUCCAUGCAGCUGCGGACCCCUACUGGCCAAAUACUGAACUUCACCAUCCUUCAGAUAUUUCCCUUCACAUAUGAGAGCAAGAGGAUGGGGAUUAUAGUGAGAGAUGAGUCAACAGGAGAGAUCACUUUCUACAUGAAAGGUGCUGAUGUGGUGAUGUCGGGCAUCGUCCAGUAUAAUGACUGGCUGGAAGAGGAGUGUGGAAAUAUGGCACGGGAAGGUCUGAGGGUCCUUGUGGUUUCCAAGAAGUCGCUGACAGAGGAACAGUAUCAGGAUUUUGAGGCGCGGUAUGUGCAGGCCAAGCUCAGCGUCCAUGACCGCUCUCUGAAGGUGGCGACAGUGAUUGAGAGUCUUGAGAUGGAGAUGGAGUUGUUGUGUCUGACUGGGGUGGAGGAUCAGCUCCAGACUGAUGUCAGGCCCACUCUGGAGAUCCUCCGCAAUGCGGGCAUUAAGGUUUGGAUGCUGACUGGAGACAAGCUUGAAACUGCCACAUGCACCGCUAAGAAUGCCCAUCUGAUCACUCGCAACCAGGACAUUCAUAUCUUCAGACCAGUGACAACACGAGGGGAAGCCCACCUGGAGCUCAACGCUUUCAGGAGAAAGCAUGACUGCGCUCUGGUGAUAUCAGGGGACUCGCUUGAGGUUUGUCUGAAGUAUUAUGAAUAUGAAUUCAUGGAGCUUGCGUGCCAGUGUCCCGCUGUGGUUUGCUGCCGAUGCACCCCCACUCAGAAGGCUCAGAUAGUCCGUCUGUUGCAAGAGCGCACAGGCAAACUCACCUGUGCAGUAGGGGAUGGAGGAAACGAUGUCAGCAUGAUCCAGGAAGCCGAUUGUGGCGUGGGAGUGGAGGGGAAAGAAGGAAAGCAGGCCUCCUUGGCUGCCGACUUCUCGGUGACUCAGUUUAAACAUUUAGGCCGUCUCCUCAUGGUCCAUGGGCGGAACAGCUACAAAAGGUCUGCAGCCCUCAGCCAGUUUGUCAUCCACAGGAGCCUGUGUAUCAGCACCAUGCAGGCAGUUUUCUCCUCUGUUUUCUACUUUGCUUCAGUCCCACUCUACCAAGGAUUCCUGAUUAUUGGCUAUUCCACUAUCUACACCAUGUUCCCGGUCUUCUCUCUGGUGUUGGACAAAGAUGUGAAGUCGGAGGUUGCCAUGCUGUACCCAGAGUUAUAUAAGGAUCUCUUGAAGGGUCGACCGCUAUCUUUCAAGACCUUUCUAAUAUGGGUUUUAAUAAGUAUAUAUCAAGGCAGCAUCAUCAUGUAUGGAGCAUUGCUGCUCUUUGAGUCAGAAUUCGUCCAUAUCGUUGCCAUUUCAUUCACCUCUCUUAUCCUGACUGAGCUGCUGAUGGUGGCCCUGACCAUUCAGACAUGGCACUGGCUCAUGAUAGUAGCCGAGCUCCUGAGCUUGGCGUCUUACGUCGCCUCGCUCGUCUUCCUGCAUGAGUUCAUAGAUAUUUACUUCAUCACCACUGUAUCGUUCCUGUGGAAAGUGACUGUCAUCACGCUGGUGAGCUGUCUGCCUCUGUACAUCCUCAAGUACCUGCGCAGGCGCUUCUCUCCACCCAAUUACUCCAAGCUGACAUCUUAAACUCAGAGAGGUCUCCGGUCUUUUUUUGUUGCUGCAAAACACAAAGAUGUCCCUCUGUUCGUCCUGCAAAGCCUGCACCUAGACCAGAGACUCAAACACAGAUUCAUGCCCUUUAAUUUCCUCUGAAAAACUCUCCUUAGAAAUGUAGACUGAUUUGACAGGGACAGAUUUUUUACUGUUGGAGAAUUUGUGUCAGUUUAAAAAAAAACAAA